CCGGUCACAUUGUUUUUUUACAUCUAGAAUUUGUCAACAUGAAUUCGUCGCCAGUGAACGAUCCAUUGGAAUUAUUAACAAAUAAAGGCAAUCGGCAGCCAACAUUUUUGGCUCCCAUAUGGAAUCCAAUCGCUGGUGCUGUGGCCGGCUUUGGUGUUGCCUUGUUUGUCAACUGGGGCUUCCGUAAACCAGUGUUCUCUGGUAUUCAGAAGCACAUUGCAUUCACCUUGCUUGGCGGGGCUCUGGGCUCGUAUUUUGACAACAAGCGCGACCAAUAUGUGGCCAAACGUGAUGCGGUCCUUCGGCAUUAUAUUGAGCUGCAUCCUGACGAUUUUCCCAAGACAAAUCGCAAGAAGUACGGAGAAGUUUUGGAAAGUUGGGUGCCUGUCCGUUAAUGGGAAUAGAGUUAUCAUAUUGCCUACGAAGCAAGCCUUGCUUAUAACCCAACAUUAUUUAGUUAAUUAAACGGCUUUAAUUGUAAUACAUAUGAGAAUACCAAACUGUGAGAA